GCUGCUUGUCGGCCAGCUAAGGAGGAGUUUGUUGUAAGUUUUUUUUCACAGCAGAACCAGACAGCGCCGGAAUAAAGUUUGUGUAAGGCUGCUGUGAGCUGAUCAGAGGAGAGAGAGACAGAGAGAGAAACAACAAGGUAUUUACAGAGUCAUCCUUGUCGAGGGCCAGAGGUCGCCAUGUUUUCCCUGUCGGAGCUGGCGCCUCUGAACCAGCAUCAGAGUAGGAGUAAACUGUUAAAGCCCUGGUGGGAGGUCUUCAUGGACUACCUGGUGGUCCUGAUGCUGUUGGCAUCUGUCCUGGCUUGUACCGAGCAGCUGUCCAGGGACCGAGUUGUGUGCAUGCCUUUGGAUCCACUUGUUACUGCAAAUACCUCAACUAGCAGGGUUGCAUUGAAUCCUUUUUUAAAGCCCCCAACCCAUGUUCAACGCAACAUUGGCCCUAAUCUUCAUUCCACAGCCCGGGGUCGACGCACACAUCUGGUCUACCAGCAGUACGUUUACAUAAGCCAGGUGUGCUACCACGAGGCUUUGCCUCUGUGCUCCCGGUUCUUCCCCUACAUGGCCAUGCUGCAGUCUCUAGUGCUGGUAGCCAGCGGCUCCUUCUGGCUCCACUUCCCCCACACCUCCGCCCGCAUAGAGCACUUCCUGGCCAUCUUGGCAAAGUGCUGCGAGUCACCGUGGACAUCUCAGGUCCUGUCUCAUGCCGCCCGCCAGGAGAGCAUACAGGAGAUGGGGGUGGUGGCGAAAAGACCACCACCCCAACCUCCGCUCUCUUCAACUUCAUCUUCACCCUCGGUAACACGCACAAGACGAACAAGCAUUGACUCGGGCACCGACAGCCCGCUCUUGAAGAGGUCCUUUGCCACCCCUCCCUCUCCGUGCCCUUCCUCUCUAUCCUGUAACUCCAACAUGUCCUCUACGUCCCUCGGGUCCCAGGUGCACUUUCCUCCUACCAAGCCCUCAGCCGUGGUUGACAGUCCCAGGCAGGUAAUCAGCCUGGAUAAAAGUGAUGGGGAACAGACCAGGGCGCUGUUCGAAAGGGUCAGGAAAUUUCGGUCCCACAGCGAAAGCUCAGAUGUCAUUUAUAAGGUCUACUUGGCUCAGACAAUACUCAAACUGCUGAUGGUGACCCUGAUCUUGAGCUACAGCAUCCCUCUUCUCAGCUCCCUGUCCUUCACCCACACCUGUCACCCUGAGGAGCAGGCCUUUGUGGGCUACACAACCUUUGAGUGCAUCCAUGUGCUCUCCUCCCUCCUACGCAAACUGCUGGUGGCUUACCUGACCCUACUGGGGCUGUACGGCCUGCUGAACCUUUACACCCUCAGUUGGAUUUCACACAGCUCUCUACGGCAGUAUUCUUUCCACUCACUGAAGGAGUUGUGCUCCCUGCGAGAUGUUCCCGACCUGAGAAACGACCUGGCAUUUCUUUUACAUAUGUUAGACCAGUAUGACCCUUUGCUGGCCCAGCGUCUGUCCGUUUUUCUGUCCCCCGUGAGUGAGAGUAGGCUGCUGGAGGAAAGCUUGGAGAGGCGCUGGGGGGAGGAGAAGCUGCGUGCCAUGACGAGUGUGGAUGCAGAGGGCUGCUGCAGACUGCAGCUGGUGGCCUUGCCUCGCCUCCCUCCGGCCCUCUUCACCCUCAGCCAGCUUCAGGUCCUCAAACUGGAGCUCAUCACAGAUGCCAGGUUUACUGCGCAGGUGGCCAACAUGACAUCACUCAGGGAGCUCCACCUCUAUCACUGUGCAGCAGCGGUGGAUCCCGGUGCACUUGGAGUCCUUCAGGAUCGUCUGGAGAUCCUCCACCUCAACUUCACCCAAGCGUCAGAGAUCCCCAGCUGGGUCCUCUCCCUCCGCAGCCUGCAUGAGCUCCACCUCUCUGGCCGCCUAAACAGCGACGGCGGCGUGGGCCGCAGCUGGGCGUUGGGCAGCCUCCGCCAACUACGUCACCUCCGAGUGCUGGUGAUCCGAGGCAUGUUGCAGCGGAUCCCCGGGGAGCUGUGUGAGGUUACGGGCAGCUUGGUGAGGCUGGAUGUCUACAACGAGGGCACCAGGCUGCUUGUGCUGACAGGCCUGAAGCGGAUGGUCGACCUGUCCGAGCUGCUGCUGCAGGACUGCCGGCUGGAGCGUUUGCCCUCCGCCCUGCUGGCUCUCACCAACCUGCGGACACUUGACCUGCAGCAUAACAACCUGAGGACUCUGGAGGAACUGCUCAGCCUGGCUCACCUGCGACGUCUGUCUUGCCUCAGACUCGCCUAUAACCGUGUUCUGGCGUUGCCGGCCAGUGUCGGUGUGCUGCGAGGCCUGGAGCUCCUAGAUCUAUCCAACAACCAGCUCCAGAGCCUCCCCCCGGCGCUCUUCACUCUGCGCCGCCUACGAAGGCUCCUGCUGGCCGGUAACCUGCUGGAGGUGCUGCCUGCGGAGGUGGAGGCGCUGCAGCUGCUCACAGAGCUGGACCUCAGCGGGAACAGGGUGGAGAGCCUUCCCCCGCAGCUCUUCAGCAGCUGUUUGGAGCUGCACAUCCUCAAUGUGGCUCACAACUCUCUCGGCUCAUUACCCGGGGGGAUCGCAGCUUUAAGUCGGCUCUGCAGGCUGGACUUGCGCAGCAACAGUCUGGAGGAACUGCCCGCUGAGUUGGGCUGCUGCACAGGGCUGCGUGGAGGCGGCCUCCUGGUGGAGGACUGGCUGUUUCUUUCUUUGCCUCCCCAGGUCAGGGACGUCCUGAGCCGUUCUUGCCCCGCCUCUGGUACGUACCCAGAGAGUCCUUCCCGACCAGAGUCUGACAGUUUCCCAUACUUCUCUCCUACACAGUGGAGUUUCUCCUCUGCUCUGGAAUCACAGAUAUAACAACUUGUUCUCACUCCCAACUCGCCCGGGCAAUGGCUCUCAGGGUCAGAUACCGGCACAAAAAGCACCCUUCAGCGUCUGUAUGGAACACACCGGGCAGAGCAGC